AUGGAAACCAACGACACCAAUACAGAUUCUAUACUCAACUGCAUCAACCAUUCUGCUGUCAUCAAUAGUCCUACAUCCGUUGAGGUUUUUGAUUCACAGACACCAACUUCUGAAUCACAAAAACUAUCUACAACAUCAAGUACAAGCAGCAGCAACAAUUCAGGACGUCAUUUGUUAUCAGUAAUCGAAGCCGAUAACGUUGAUUCAGUUUAUGAAGGUUUAAUCGAUAAAAAAAUGUGGACGUUAUCAUGUACUGGUAGAAGAGUUGAAAAAGUGAUGCAACAAUGUGCAAAUGAGAACAAGUUGGAACACAUUUUUAGAGGUACACACUCCAUGAUAAUGGACCCUUUGGAUCCAAUUUGGUCCACUUAUUUCACUGAAGAAGAAAGAGAAGAAAUCAUUAAUCUCAACCCACCAAAAUUGCCACCCUUGUCAUCCAAGAUGGAAAAAUAUUUGCAACAGUUUGAUAAUUUGACCACAUUGGAUGACCUUUGGAACAAAGUGAACGAACAAAAUAACGAUUACUAG